GGGACCCCGGGCCACCGCUGGAACCCACCAAGGAUCCUCCGCCCGCCCGGUUCUCCGCCCUUCUUCCCGCGGCUUCAGCCGCCUCCAGCGCGCAUGCUCCUGGGGGCGCGCUGACUUCAUCACGUCACGCACGCCCCGUGCGUACGCACGUACGUACGUCGUGUUGCCCACCCCCGCCCCGGUAACCGGGAAGCGGCGGCUGCGGCGGCCCCGGGCUAGGUUGAGGACACCAUGAACUGGAACAAAGGUGGACCUGGUACCAAGAGAGGCUUUGGUUUUGGGGGUUUUGCCAUAACCCCUGGCAAGAAAGAGGAGCCCAAGCUCUCCCAGCAGUCUCACAGUGCUUUUGGAACAGCUGGUUCUUCUGCUGCAUUCCCCAAAUCAGGACCUCCUCAGCUGCCUUCUUUCUACAAAAUUGGGUCAAAAAGAGCAAAUUUUGAUGAAGAGAAUGCGUAUUUUGAGGAUGAAGAGGAAGAUUCCAGCAAUGUGGAACUGCCAUACAUUCCUGCAGAGAAUUCCCCCACUCGCCAGCAGCUCCAUUCCAAGUCAGCAGACUCUGACAGUGACGAUGACCCCCUGGAGGCAUUCAUGGCUGAAGUGGAGGAUCAAGCUGCUCGAGACAUGAAGAGACUUGAAGAUAAAGACAAAGAAAAGAAGAAUGUUAAGGGUAUUCGAGAUGACAUUGAAGAGGAAGAUGACCAAGAAGCUUAUUUUCGCUACAUGGCUGAAAACCCCACUGCUGGUGUGGUCCAAGAAGAGGAAGAAGAUAACCUGGAGUAUGAUAGUGAUGGGAAUCCAAUUGCACCAUCCAAAAAGAUCAUUGAUCCUCUCCCACCCAUUGACCAUUCAGAGAUUGAAUAUCCACCAUUUGAGAAGAAUUUCUAUGAGGAAAUCACCAGUCUCACCCCCCAGCAAGUGGUGGAAUUACGUCAUAAAUUAAAUCUUAGGGUCUCUGGUGCUGCUCCUCCAAGGCCUGGCAGUAGUUUUGCUCAUUUUGGGUUUGAUGAGCAACUUAUGCAUCAGAUUAGGAAAUCUGAGUAUACCCAGCCCACUCCUAUACAGUGUCAGGGUGUUCCUGUUGCACUGAGUGGCAGGGAUAUGAUUGGGAUAGCUAAAACUGGAAGUGGGAAAACAGCAGCCUUCAUCUGGCCCAUGUUGAUCCACAUCAUGGAUCAAAAGGAGCUCGAACCAGGGGAUGGUCCCAUUGCAGUCAUCGUGUGCCCCACCAGGGAGCUUUGCCAACAGAUCCAUUCUGAGUGUAAACGUUUUGGCAAGGCCUACAAUUUACGCUCCGUGGCUGUGUAUGGAGGAGGAAGCAUGUGGGAGCAAGCCAAAGCCCUCCAGGAGGGGGCAGAAAUAGUUGUCUGCACACCAGGUCGUUUAAUUGAUCAUGUGAAAAAGAAAGCUACAAACCUUCAAAGAGUCACUUACCUUGUGUUUGAUGAAGCUGACAGAAUGUUUGAUAUGGGUUUUGAAUAUCAGGUCAGAUCAGUUGCAAGCCAUGUACGUCCUGACAGACAGACCCUCUUGUUCAGUGCCACUUUCCGUAAGAAGAUUGAAAAAUUGGCUCGAGAUAUUCUGAUUGACCCAAUUCGUGUGGUGCAGGGAGACAUUGGAGAGGCAAAUGAAGAUGUCACUCAAAUUGUGGAGAUUUUCCCCUCUGGCCCAAGCAAGUGGAAUUGGCUGACUCGACGCCUGGUGGAGUUCACAUCUUCUGGGAGUGUCCUCUUGUUUGUCACCAAAAAGGCCAAUGCAGAAGAACUGGCCAAUAAUCUGAAGCAGGAGGAUCAUAAUUUGGGGCUGCUUCAUGGGGACAUGGACCAGAGUGAGAGGAAUAAAGUCAUUUCAGAAUUUAAGAAAAAGGGGAUCCCCAUACUGGUAGCUACAGAUGUGGCAGCUCGGGGGUUAGAUAUCCCUUCCAUCAAGACUGUCAUCAACUAUGAUGUGGCUCGGGACAUAGAUACUCACACCCACAGGAUUGGUCGUACUGGCAGAGCAGGGGAGAAGGGAGUUGCCUACACUCUGCUGACUCCCAAAGACAGUAACUUUGCUGGUGAUCUUGUCAGAAAUCUGGAAGGUGCUAAUCAACACGUUUCCAAAGAGCUGUUGGAUCUAGCAAUGCAGAACCCAUGGUUCAGGAAAUCCCGUUUCAAAGGAGGAAAAGGCAAGAAGCUGAAUAUUGGUGGUGGUGGCUUGGGAUAUAGGGAACGUCCUGGUCUGGGCUCAGAAAACUCUGACCGUGGAAACAACAACAAUGUGAUGAGUAACUAUGAGGCAUACAAACCAUCCAGUGGGGCCAUGGGGGACAGACUUACAGCAAUGAAAGCAGCUUUCCAGUCCCAGUAUAAGAGCCACUUUGUUGCUGCAAGUUUAAAUAACCAAAAGACUGGCAGCUCUGCCACUGGUGCCAGUGGCUGGACCAGUGCUGGGAGUUUGAACUCAGUCCCUACCAGCUCAGCACAGCAAAACCCCACAAACCCCGACGGCCCCGCCGCGGCACCAAAAGGUGUCCCGGGUUUCAGCAGCACCGGGAGCCUGAGCAGCCUUCCCAGCUUCCAAAGUGGAGGAGCCCAGGGCUUCAACAACACAAACAUCAGCACCAACAGUCGAGAAGGUGGUGGCAACCCCAGUGGUGGUGGUGGUGGUGGUGGUGGUGGUGGCAUUGUCAGGGAACGCUACCCCGACAACCGGAACAGUCGCCACAACGAGCUGCCCCGCCGUGGAGAGGGGGGUGGUGGUCGCUACAACGAGGUGCAACGCCAUGGAGAAGGAGGAGGAGGAGGUGGUGGAGGAGGAGGUGGUGGGAGGAGGAGGAGGUGGUGGUGGCCGCCACAGUGACGCUUACCGCCACGGCGAGGGCCGGCACGGUGACAACCACCGGCACGGGGAGAGCAGGCACUUCAGUGAGGGGGGCAGUGGCAAUCGUAACAAUGGUGACAGCAGGAACAGCAACGAUGGGAGGAACAACGAGAACAGGAAUGGGGAGAACAGGAAGGAGCCCAACAGCCGAGACAACAAGACAGAUGGGUUUGCUGUCCCCGAGCCUCCAAAACGUAAGAAGAGCCGGUGGGACAGUUAAGAGUUGGUGUUUUUCACAGCCUGAAAGGUAGUGGUUGUCUUAUUUUUUUUUUUCCAGAGGAUUUCUUGGGGUUUUUGGGAACUGGGUUGUUGAGCAGAUGGAGGAAGAGGAGAAGGGAACCAUGCAAACUAUCCAUGCAAGGCUGGGAUACAUCUGCAGACAGAUUCACUGGAAUGAUGUGUACACGCAGUGCUUAACUCAAAGAGAAAUCAUUUUGAUAAAGCUCCCUGGGUUCUGCUUUUAAACAUUCAGUGCUCAAGUGACUCUCUGCUGGAUUUCAACAAAUCUUCUUGGCAAGAAAGAAGCUGUUUCAUGUCCUUGGAACGUUAAGAAACUGUUGUCUAUGGAAGUAUAAAGUAGUCUUUUCUUAACCAGUGUUCACAUGAAAAAAAGAAAAACCAUCUAGAGAUGCUCAGGACCCACCUGUUAAACAUUCAUCUUUCAGCAAUUUGUUCAGUAUGGCAAGUUCCUCCCCCAAGCUCUUCUUUUAACUUGGUCUCUAAUCCCCAAAUAAUUUGGCUUCAAGGUUACCUCCCCAUCAACUAAGAAUGUAUCAAGUCACAUUGCUGAUGGUGGGAUGAAGCAAAUUGAUUUUAUUUUUUUUUCCCUUUUCAUUUUUUAAUGAAGCUGUUCAAGAGAUCCUUCUCCAGCCCAGCUCAUCACAAAUUCCCUUGCUUUGUGGGCUGGACUCCCUGAUUUGGUUGUGGUCAGGACAUCAAUCCCAUUGCCCAGGUAUUUUUUUUUUUUUCUCUUUCUUCCUAAGAGCCUUCAUUUUGGUGGAAACCUUCAUAGCAAACUUAUCUCUGCUGUAUCUAUGUGCCCUCUGUUCUGAGAGGGCUGAGUGCUAUCUUCAAAUUAAAAGCAAAAAAAGGGUAAAAAAAGUCAAUAUGCCACAACAGUCAGAGCCUGGUAGCAUGAGGCAUAGCUAAAUGAAGAGGCUUCACUCAGAAAUUCAGGGACCUGCUGUUCAGAAGCCUUUAGGGAGAACCUGAAAAAAAAAAAAAAAAAGUGAUUGAUAAAGUGGAACAGCUCAAAUAUCACCCAGCAUUGGAAACCUGUAGUAAAAACUGUAAAAUCUUGCUUGACCAUUUUUAACUCGUCGUGUGGAUUAUCUUUUUUUUAACUUUUGUUGUUUUUUGGGGGGGUUUUGGGUUUGUUUUUUGAUUUUUUUUUUUUGCACCAUAAAGGUAAGGAAGGAAUCUUCUGUUGAAACAUGUCAGUACCCACCUCUGUCUUGUUUCUACUGAAAAGAAGUAUCAGAAAACUGUCAGGUUUUUGUGACGUUGUGAUGUUUUCUUUAUCAGCUGUGCAUUUACUUUCUGCUUGCUCUAGUAAAUGUUUUAUUACUGGGACAAAAAUA